UAGUACCUUUAUAUAUGCACACCAAGAGAGAGAAACUUUUAGAGAGAGAAAUCUUUUAGAGAGAGAGAGUGAGAGACCCCUGCAGUUUUGUUGGAUUUUUGCGGAAGCAGAGGCGUCCCACUCUCUGCACUGCCAAAGGCUUGUGUCUUUUUUAGGGGGGGUGCGUAGGAUAAGCAGAGUGAGAGCAGAGAGCAAAGUGAGCUCUGGCCAUGGUGGGUUUGCCUGAGCUCUACCUUACGCAGUGAGUGCAGGAUAGCAGCGGUAUUUGAUUUGGGUUGUUCUGUUUUCGUGGGGGGGUGUCACAAAACAAUGGCAGCUGCGCACUUUAACAGGGAGAGGACGAGAAGAAGGAUCGCGGUGGUUUUCUUCUUCUGGAGCCUGAUCUCGCUAUCUUGCGCCGGUAGGUUACCUGUUGAAAGGCAGAAGCUUGACGUCCAGAAGCACUUGAAUCGCUUGAAUAAACCCGCCGUGGAAACCAUCAAGAGUUUAGAUGGGGAUACCAUUGACUGUGUACCAAUCUCUCAGCAACCGGCUUUUGAUCAUCCAUUCCUCAAAGAUCACAAAAUCCAGAUGAGGCCUAACUAUCACCCAGAAGGGCUUUACGAUGACAACAAAGUGUCCACAAAGGCCAAAGAUAGAACAAACCCUAUUAAUCAACUCUGGCACAUGAAUGGUAAAUGCCCUGAAGGCACCAUACCCAUUAGAAGAACAAAGAAGGAUGAUGUUCUUCGAGCCAGCUCCGUAAAAAGAUUUGGGAAGAAGAAGCGUAGAACCGUCCCUCAGCCGAGGUCUGCGGAUCCCGGCCUCAUGAAUGAAAAUGGUCAUCAGCAUGCAAUAGCUUAUGUGGAAGGAGGUAAGUAUUAUGGAGCAAAAGCAACCAUAAAUGUUUGGGAACCCAAAAUACAGCAGCCCAAUGAGUUCAGCUUAUCUCAGCUUUGGGUUUUGGGUGGUUCUUUCGGCGAAGAUCUUAACAGCAUUGAAGCUGGUUGGCAGGUCAGCCCAGAUCUAUAUGGUGAUAACAACACUAGACUGUUCACUUACUGGACUAGCGAUGCAUAUCAGGCCACCGGUUGCUAUAAUUUGCUCUGCUCAGGCUUCAUUCAGAUUAACAGCGAAAUAGCAAUGGGUGCUAGCAUCUCACCAGUUUCUGCCUUUCGUAAUUCCCAGUAUGAUAUAAGCAUUCUUAUCUGGAAGGAUCCAAAGGAGGGAAAUUGGUGGAUGCAAUUUGGCAAUGACUAUGUGAUGGGGUACUGGCCUUCUUUCCUAUUCUCAUACUUGGCAGACAGUGCUUCGAUGAUCGAGUGGGGUGGUGAGGUGGUGAAUUCACAACCCGAUGGACAACAUACCUCAACUCAAAUGGGUAGCGGACGCUUCCCGGAAGAAGGAUUUGGCAAGUCAAGCUAUUUCAGGAACAUCCAAUUUGUUGAUGAAUCCAACAAUCUCAAGGCUCCCAAAGGGAUUGGCACCUUCACUGAGCAAUCAAACUGUUAUGAUGUCCAAUCUGGGAGUAAUGGGGACUGGGGUCAUUACAUUUACUAUGGAGGCCCUGGUAGAAACCCUAAUUGUCCAUGAAGAAAAAUAGUAGAAAUCCCAUUGCACCUUCUUGUAUCAUACAAUGUAGUGUAAUGCUCUUAUCACAACCCCUCUUUCUUUUUCUCUACCUUAACUUUUUCUUUUUCUUUUUUUAUAACUUUUGGGUAGGGCUAGUAAUUGUGACAUUUUCUGUUAGUGGGAAGUUUUGACUGUCCUUUUAUAUGAAAAAAAUCUCCAUGUAAGUGUUUGGGGGAGGUGGCCAAGUUUCUAAAAAGCUUAAAAGAAACAGGCCUUUGUCUUUGUGUUAUUAUUUGUUUGUUUACUCCUGUCUUGGAGUGGUUUGUUGUCCUGUAGGAAAAUCUCCAUGCAAGUGAUUGGAGAUGUGGCCAUGUUUCUCAAAAGUUUGAAAGAAACGGGCCUUUGUCAUUUUGUUAUUAUUUGUUUGCUUACUCCUGUCUUGGAGUGGUUUAUUGUCCAGUGGAUGAAUGAGUUUCUAUUCA